CCCAAAGCCAUGCUUGUCCCCAGACUACUGUGGAUGUUAUUCGCUGCAAAUACGGUUGCAGGUACAGCAACGUACAGCGGCAAUCAAUUCAUCUUUGCACGAUUCCCAGCCUAUGAAACUGGCAAUGAAGACGCGACUGCUUAUUUCCUUUUUAUUGCACAUACGCGGGAAGGCCGAUGCACUGUGACAGAGAGUCACGGGACAGAUUAUGAUAUCAAGCUUAUUGGAAACAACAUUGUCACACAGUUCCAUCUACCGACAGACAGAGUGUUAACCCCGGGAGUUGCUGUGGAGGAGGAUCGUGCAGUGGAGCUUAUUUGCACAACGGAAGUAACUCUGAUUGUCCUCCAACAAGCUGUUUCCUAUGGUGUAGCCGAUGCAUUUCCAGUCCUUCCAGUGCAGUCUCUGUCUACAAAGUACAUCGUACCAUCUGUGCCAAACAACGCUUUACUCGGGGUGGUGGCUAUCUAUAACAACACAAACGUCACUGUCCAUCUCAACUCCACCUGCUCCUACCCCUUUCAGAGGGAACAUCUACGGAAGGGGAAGCCAGUUAAGUAUAACCCUGCUGCAGGGAGAAGUCCUCCAGAUUGCUUCUUCACAGAGUAGUGCUUCCGACACCUGCGAUCUGGGAGGGACGGUCGUAGAGAUCAGUCAUUCAGUUGCAGUGUUCUCUAGCGCUCUCAUGUUAUGCUAUCCUCGUUGGUGUGAUGGAGCUUUGAGUCAAGUUUCCCCAUUAGAGACAUGGGGGACGUCGUUCAUUUUGCCGCCGGCUCCUGUCAUGGAACAAUUCCGCGUUCGAAUUACAUCGGGGUAUAAUGGUACCAAUAUCACCAUUGAAGCAUUCGAUGGAGUCGAGUCUAUUAUUUUAAAUGAAGCAGAGAUACACGAUGAAGACUUCCGUACUACAAGCGUCACAUACAUAAAAAGCUCUCAACCAAUACUGGUAUUACAAAUAAGCGGAAAAGGAGGACGUAGCUUUUCUACCAUUGUUCCAGCAACUGACGCCUAUGGCACUGGCUGUAUAAUACCAGACAUUCAGACAAGUACCAUAUCGUACACACGCUAUGUUACCAUCAUCACCAGUUCGCACUGUACUUCACAUGUAAACGUUAAUGGAACAUGGACGAAUCAGCCAACAGAAUCACAGACGUUCGCCAUAACAAGCUUUCAACCCAGCGCUGGUUUCCUUGUCAUUGACAGUAAUU